AGACUGCGGCUCUCUCUUCCUCCCGGUCCCCUCGUCGGAAGUAGACGUAUCAGUCUAUAUUCCGUUAUUUUCUUUUCACCUCUUUUUUCCAUCCACCCCUUUUCCCCGACGCGCAGCCCCAUGGAAGCCACGAUGGAGGACUGAAGAGCAGCCCGGGAGCCGAUUCCGCCCCUUUCUUUAUCCUCGAAUCGAGCGGACCGGAUGAAAUCCAACUCAGCAGGGGAGGUAUCUGUAUCCAGUGGGGAGGGAGGCUUGACCCGGGGACGACAGGAUGAAGUUCAGCGAACCCUGGGGACGCCAGAGGCUGUCGUUUCUUCUGGAAAAGGCCGCCUCUAGGGAAGCCAAGAUGUGGAAGGGCUACCUGCCCAAGAGGCCCUCCUCACAGGAUACAGACGUCUCCCCGGCUCAGCGGGACGAGGCGGUGCGCUGGCUGACCGAGCUCCACGGGCGGCUGCAGCUCUACCCAGAGACCCUGGUGCUGGCUGUGAGCGUCCUGGACCGCUUCCUGGCUCCCAUCAAGGCUCGUCCAAAGUACCUGCGCUGCAUCGCCAUCGCCUGCUUCUUCCUGGCUGCAAAGACCUGUGAGGAGGACGAGUGUGUGCCCUCUCUGAAGGAGCUGGCUGAGUCCAGCGGCUGUGGCUGUUCCCCAUCAGAGAUCCUGAGGAUGGAGAAGAUCAUCCUGGACAAGCUCAACUGGGAUCUGCACACCGCCACAGCGCUGGACUUCCUGCACAUCUUCCAUGCCAUGGUUCUGUCGUGCCGUUCCGGGUUUUUGGACUCCAUGUUGGGUCUGAACCGGUCUCAACAUCUGGCUCUGCUCACCCGGCGCCUCUACCACUGUCUGUCCGACCACACACUCAUGCAGCUCAGAGGAUCCAUGCUGGCCCUGGCGUUGAUCACCUUGGACCUGGAGACCUGCUGCCCUGAUUGGCUGGCUCUGACCAUCGAGCUGCUGAGAAAGGCUCAGAUCGACAGCUCCGAGCUGAUCCGCAGUCGGGAGCUGGUUUCCCGCAGCCUGUCCCCCUCCAGGGCGUCCCUGCCUCCCAACACGGUCUACAUCUACCGGCCCCCCUCCCCCGACCGCCAGGACCAGGCCCCCCCCGGACCCCCGACCGACAGCCGCCUCCGCCUCCCCGCCCUGCUGUCCCCUCCCAGAUCCAACCACCUGCAGAGGGUCACGCUGCGCUGCAAGGCCUCCACCAAGCGCAAGGUGGAGGAGAUGGAGGUGGACGACUUCUACGACGGCAUCAAACGGCUCUACAACGAGGACGUGACCGCCGCCGUCCCGGAGGGGGCGCCGCCCGCCGCUGCAGCCCGUCGGCGCCUCCUAGAGACCAAACAGGAAGUCAGUCAGUCCCCCCGAACCCGCUCAGCACCCACAUCCUGCCGGCCCUUCACAGUAAGAGUUACACGGAUUCCAGAGACGCGUCAAGACGUCCGAGGCAGCUACAGAGACAACAGAGUCUCCGAUCCCAAACAGAGCCGUCUCUCUCACACACACACACACACACACACACACACACACACACACACACACACACCGGCACGCAGGAUGUGGGUGCUCCGGCAGGUCCCCCCCCCCACCCCCGAGGCGUUCAGCGACCCCGAGGUCGACUCCCAUCAUCCCCUGCAGCCGAACAGAGCCCAAAAAAAUGAUAAUACUGAAAAAGUAAAAAAGCUGCUGCUGCUCUUAUAUUAAUCACGUUUGAACACAAGAACUAAGAAAAGGUCUAAAAAAAAAAAAAAAAAAAAAGUAUGAAAAAGUAACUUUGAAAAAAACCUAGAAUGGACGUUUCCCCGCCGUGUUCCUCUCCCCGGCCGUCUGUUCGUCUCCUUAUAUUUGUUUCUCUUCUCUUUCUCUUCAUAUAUUUGUUUUUUUCUGCAUGUCCGUCCUCCUGACUCGUCUGGACGGCUGGGUGCUCCUCUCUCCCACCUUUACUAAAACCCUUGGUUGUUAAUAAGAUGAUAAUAUAUUAUUAACCCCCCCGCGCUCCUCAAAGUGUUUCCACUGGUUUUAUUUAUGCACAGUUAAAACGAAAAACAAGUUGUGUUUAUUCCUCUUCUGGAAAAUGGUUUUAAAAACUGGUUUCAUCCUUCAGAAUGUCAGGUUUCCUCGAACAACGACAGGUUAAAGUUCUGACAACUUCUGCUCCAGAUGUCUCAGAAUCACAGACGCUGCUUUGCUUUGACUGAAAUAUCUGUUACUUGCUUUAAAAUACAAAAAAAAAAAAAAAAUAUCAUAAUUUCAUUGUUUUUGGGCAUUCUUUACACAAAACCAAAAAAAAAAAAAACACAGAAUUGUAAUUAAA